AAAAUGUUGAAAUUGGAGGAAUUAUUUAAAUAAAGGAAAGGUCACAAGUUGAAGAAAUGGAAUCUUCCAAAAUAGAUAUUACCUCGUUUCUUGGGAUUUGAAUUGCUUUUUAUCAAGAAUCUAUUGAAGUUUACCAAAAGUUUAGCAUGUCUAAGAAAGAGAGCUCUAGAGAUCUGCUGCAGAGGUUCAUGUCCAAGAAACAGAAGACGUUGAUCCAAGACGGAGAGGUAGAGAUUGAGCUAGACUUAGGGCUAUCUCUAAACGGUAGGUUUGGUGUGGACCCACUUGCGAAGACGAGGCUGCUCACGAGGUCUUCUUCUAUUCCUGAUCUUGUGGUCAACGGUGGUAGAACGGAGCUGAGUAGGACUUGCUCGUUGCCUGUGAAGACGGAGGAGUGGAGGAGGAGGAAGGAGUUGCAGAGCUUGAGGAGGCUUGAGGCGAAGAGAAAGAGGUUAGAGAAGCAGAGAAACGUGAGAGUACUUAGGGAAAAGAAACACAAAGCUGGUGGAGGAGAAGAAGAGAUGAUUGUUGAAGAAGGAUCUUCUGGAAGUGGUUCCUCUGGUUUGUCUGAACUUGACACCUCUCUUACUCCUCCUCCUGUUCAAGCAACAACAAACAGGUCCAUAGAAAAGAGCCCAUCAAGUGCUCAAUCUCUGCCGGAGAAUCAAGCAGCACGAAACAUGAUAGAAGACAUGCCGUGCGUGUCAACAACAGGAGAUGGACCCAACGGGAGAAAGAUAGAUGGGUUUCUGUAUCGGUACAGGAAAGGCAAUGAGGUGAGGAUUGUGUGUGUAUGCCAUGGAAGCUUCUUGUCCCCUGCUGAGUUCGUUAAGCAUGCAGGUGGCCGUGACGUGGCGCAUCCCUUAAAGCACAUUGUUGUAAAUCCAUCUCCAUUCUUGUGACCAUUAUGGUCUCUUUGGGACAGUCUCUCCCUUUACCAAAAUGUUGUAUCGAUUCAGAACAAAGUCUCAUAUAUCGAGGUGGAUAAACAGAAAGUUUAUCGAACUCCGAUUUCUGAUUAUAUACGUAUCAAGAAACACAUUAUUUGGC